UCGCGAUGCCGCUGCAGCAGCCGCCGCCAACAAACCCCAAGAAGAAGAUGCUACUGUAGGCGAGCACACUUCGCUGCAGCUCAAACUGCACAUCAGUUUAAUUUUCAGCUGCAGGACGAAGCACGUGCACUGGAAGACAGUGUAAAAUGGAGGCCGUGUAUGUUCACGGCAUAUGGAUGGCAGAGAGUCUUCAGCAGAGGACGAGGAGUCAUGAGACUUUCUGGCAGGUUGUCACACAUAUGGGAGACCCUAAGGCAGCUUUCCUGCUCGUCUUUCCUUUCACCUAUUUCAUUAGCAGACGCACCGGAGUCGCUGUGCUUUGGAUCGCAGCUAUAUCCGAGUGGCUAAACCUGGUUUUUAAAUGGUUGCUGUUUGGGGAGAGGCCGUUCUGGUGGAUAGGGGAAUCACGUCUCUUUGUCAACAAUCAACCUAAAGUUCAUCAGUUUUCGUCUACAUGUGAAACAGGCCCAGGCAGUCCGUCAGGACAUGCAAUGGUGACGGCAGCCGUCUGGUGGGUCGUGGUGUCCUCAUUGGGGUCCCUCAUGUACUCCCGUACUCGCAGUGUGGUGGUUUCAUCUGCUCCAUACCUGUUCUAUGUGGCGAUGCUGGUGGUAGUUGGAAUCUCCCGAGUCUUCAUCCUUGCCCAUUUCCCUCACCAGGUCAUUGCUGGCUCCAUUACAGGUACAUUUCUGGGGAUUGUUCUGAGCCAGCGAGCGCCUGAAGGUCGCCCCCUGCUGUUCUUUUUUAGCUUCAGCAUUGGGCUGCUGCUCAGUGCUCUGAUCCUUCAUGCUGGACUGCAGCAGCUGGGGAUUGACGUCUCCUGGUCUAUUGCUUUGGCAAAAAAAUGGUGCAGCCAUUCAGAGUGGAUUCGCUUGGACACGGCUCCGUUCUCCUCCCUGACUCGAGACUGCGGGGCCCUUUUGGGUUUGGGGCUGGCCCAGUACUGGAAGCCUGGAGGAUGGUCUCUGCCCUGGGCUCCUAGGGCUUUAUCUCUGGCUAUUUCAUCCAUGGGACUGUAUCACGUGAAUCGUCUGCCUCUGCCGGUUCGACCGCAAGGCCUCUUCUAUGUUCUGUUCUUUGUGAAAUUUGUCAUUGUGCCUCAGAUUGUCAUGGUACUGGUUCCUGGACUGGUUCACUUAUUCACACACAAAAAGAAGAAGGAGUAGAAACUGUUCUCUCCCUCUCCCUCUCUCUCCAGGACUUCUGUAAACUCGUUUUCAGUGGGUGUAGCAGUGGAUGAAGCCUUUAGUUGCAUUUUUUAUUUUGGGUAUUGUUGUAAAUGUGUAAAAAAACAAAAGUAUUUUUGCGAUAAUGUUAGCUUGUAUAGCAUAAGAGUUUAUUAUUCUUGAAAAAAUGUUAUGUGAUGCCAAAUCCACCCAUAACCUUCUAAAAUAAAUGUAUUUACUCACAA